AUGGUGGCCGUAUCCACCGAGAAUGGUAGGAGGCCUGUACACUAUGACAUCGAGCAGGCGUACACACACGCCAAGCUGAAGGAAGACAUCUACCUGAGGCUUCCAGACGGUUGUGGUGUUUGGACUGGCAAGGCGGUGAAAGUCGAGCGUGCUCUCUAUGGACUCAAGCAGAGUGGGCGCGAGUGGGGGUUUGAGGCUGCCGAUGCCCUGAUCUCAAACGGCUACGAGCAGUGCAGGGUGGACCCCUGCAUUUUUCGCAAGGUGGUUGACGGAGAACUCGUAGGUCUCAUCGUGAUCAACGUGGAUGACAUCAUGUUGUCCGCGACCGAGGAGGAGCGUGAAGAGUUGCUAGCGUCUCUCCAGAAGNUUUUCUAUUAUGUUUUGAGUUUGUAGGCGAGGGUUUUUGAUCCGGAUGGCCGAGUUUUCCCCUUGCACCCGUUGUUGUAUGAGAAACUUAAGUAGAUCUGGAGUAUAGAUGCCCCACUGAUGGUUUGUCAAUAGCUUGACGAACCGGGGAGGGUGUUCGUGUGUCUGGAUACGAGCAUGGUAGAUCUGCUUGCAGCACGGGGGGGUGGUCGCUUAGGGGGUAAGCCGCGUCUCCGAGCAUGUAGAAGCCUGGCGGCAGGUUUUUUACCGCUGUGGAUAGAUCCGAAUGGUUCCAUGCCGUCCAGUCAUUGGUCGAGCCGGGUGCAAUGCAAGACAUGCUGCAAAACCGGUAGUUGGCAUCGCAUGUCGCCUGUACGUUCAUCCCGUAGCCGCACUUGCUCCCAGAAUAGUACGAGAGAACGUUCUGAGUGUUGCGGGCAGUCGGAGCAAGAGUCUUCACGAAGAGGCCAUCCCCCGCAGCUACUAGACUUNAGUGUUGAGGGCAGUCGGAGCAAGAGUCUUCACGAAGAGGCCAUCCCCCGCAGCUACUACACCUUGAAAGGCGCCGCCCGUGCUUUUUUCCUGAGGAUAGACAUGGCGCGCGGGGAGGGACACAACAGAGGCGCUCUUAGAUUCGUUAAAGUUUGAUUUUCGGGCAGCGGCAAGCCCAUCGACUACCCCAGAAAAAACGUGCAGGCGUGUGCGAGCAAUUAAAGACGAGCCCUCUCCUAGACAUGCCAAUCAAUACAGUGCGACUGUUCGUGUCAAUGUUCCCUGCAGACUGGAGCUCAUUUCGCCAUGCAUCAAGCCAAUACGUGGACACAAGCACCGCGUCGAUACCGUUUUCCUGUUUCGCAUGAAGCACAAGAUAAGCAUAGCGUGAACGUAUCAGCAGACGAAAAUAGCAAGUGCUGGGCGGUGAAACUGUUACCCUAACCCUAGUCAGACACCGGAGGUCACCGUCCUGCUGGUGUAAACCGUCCUGCUGGUGUGAGAGUGCGGGCGGUGGUGCUGCGCGAUG